UCGGCGCCCCCGCGGCUCAUCGCCGUCAUCGUCGGCGGCGUUUUCGCGAACGGUGGGAUUUGUCCCACGGUGGAUCGCGGCCGGAUCGUUCCUGAGACCACUGCUGAGGUAACGGUGCACUUCCUGGUGCUCCCACGGCUGAACAAAAGCGUGUUUCGUUCGGGAAAGUGAGGCGAUAGAAUUCGCGCAAGUGUGGAACAAUUUGUUUUGCUUGGGUUCGAAUUAAAUUUGUACACACGUGAAAUGGGUAGCUCUUGGUGGCAGUGCGCCGCGUGUCUGAGAACCCAGGAAGAAGACAUCUGCGAGCUACAGCUGAAUCACUGUAACCUCUACGAUGUACCACCAGAUGUGUUCAUUUACGAAAGAACGUUGGAAAAGCUGUAUCUCGACGCCAAUAGAAUAAGAGAUCUUCCCAGGCCGCUAUUUCAGUGCCACGAAUUGCGAGUACUGUCGCUUAGUGAUAAUGAAGUUACUACGUUACCACCUGCCAUAGCGUCGUUGAUCAACCUGGAAUACUUAGACCUCAGCAAGAACAGUAUAAAGGAUUUACCAGACAGCAUAAAGGAGUGCAAAAGUCUCCGCUCGAUAGAUAUCAGUGUCAAUCCCUUCGAGCGUUUUCCGGAUGCUAUAACGCAUAUCGUCGGUUUGCGCGAGCUGUACAUAAACGACGCGUACAUUGAAUACCUGCCGGCUAACUUUGGACGACUGUCAGCCUUGAGGACACUCGAGCUGCGGGAGAACAACAUGAUGACGUUGCCUAAGAGCAUGAGCCGUUUAGUGAACUUACAGAGGCUCGAUAUCGGCAACAAUGACUUUACAGAGCUGCCUGAAGUUGUAGGAGAUCUCAUCAAUCUCACGGAGUUGUGGAUUGACGGCAACGACAUCAGGCGUGUUCCGGCGAAUGUCGAGCAGCUCUACCGCUUGAACCACUUCGACUGCACGAUGAAUGCGAUACAUGCGCUGCCGAUAGAGAUACGCGGCUGGCGCGACAUCGGUAUCAUGAAUCUCUCCUCGAACGAGAUGUACGAGCUGCCCGACUCGUUGUGCUACCUGCGCACGAUCGUCACCCUUAAGAUUGACGACAAUCAACUGAACGCACUGCCGAACGACAUCGGCCAGAUGUCGAACUUAGAGGAGCUUAUAAUCACUAAGAACUUUAUCGAGUAUUUGCCGUCUUCGAUCGGCUUGCUACGCAAGCUGCACUGUCUCAACGCGGACAAUAAUUAUCUGCGCGCGCUACCCGCCGAGAUUGGCAGCUGCACGUCGUUGUCCCUGCUCUCAUUGCGAUCGAACAAUCUGACGCGCGUGCCGCCCGAGCUGGGCCACUUGUCCUCGCUGCGGGUGCUCAAUCUCGUCAACAACUGCAUCAAGUUUCUUCCAGUCUCCAUGUUGAAUCUCAGUAACUUGAAGGCGUUGUGGUUGAGUGACAAUCAGAGCCAGCCGUUAGUGCCGUUGCAGCAGGAGUUCAAUUGUGAGGAGGACAUGAUGGUGUUGAGCUGCUUUAUGCUGCCACAGAAACCGCGGCAGGACUUAGAGCAAAUGGCGCAGACCGCAGGACCGAUUUCGAGUUCGAUCAUCGGAAACGGCAAGAGGAUAUGUUUCGCUGCUGAGGUAGAUUCCGAAGUCCCCAGGCAACUUCAUCGAGCACCGACCCCCUAUCCCAAGGAGCUACGCAAUCUCGCUAGACACGCUCGUAAUCUGCAUCAUCAGUCCAUUCACGAUCAAAGAAGCACACCUUUGUCUACAACCUCUGUCGAUCGUCACACGGCGAAGAACUACAGCAAGAGCAACAGACCGGCUGAUCCUGGAGCGGCGGAGCACUCGAUGUCCGAGGAAUCAUCUGACGAAGCGAACAAGACCGUGCUGGCGAAAGAGAAGAGCCCGGACAUCCGCGAGGCCAAGUAUAUCCGCAAUCCCACAUCUGAUUACAUCGCAAAAGCGCCAACGGUGGCUGAUUAUGUCAACUCCACGUGGAAGCCGGACGAGUAUUCGAAAGCGAACACGGCGAAGAUCGUGGAAUCCGAGAAGUUUAUCGAACCCUAUAGGACGACAAUGUCCGUCGACGCGACAGACGGCAAGUACGGCGAGCCAACGCGAGUAGCCGUCGCGCCGAAAUCGUGCGACGUACCGCCGGCUCCGCCGCCGUAUCACAUUGCGGCGGCGUUCUCCAAAAAGGCCGCCUUUUUCCAGCAGUUUAAUAAUCCGAUUGAAACGGAUGCGCAUCUGGUAUCACCUUCGUUACCUUUCAACUCGCUCUUAAAUUCAGCCGGACCGUUACCGGAUGUAACGAAACAGAAAAACUUUGAUACGAACGCGGAAUCGGCGAAAGCUGAGGAAUGCGUGUCCGUGUCGUCAGGCGAUCGGGCAAAUCUCACCAAUUCGUACGACAAGCCGAUGGAUAACGGACGAACGAGUUCUCUUGAUCAGACCAGCGCGGACCAAAGUUGCACGCCGACCUUAAAUUCCGGCGCCGAUCCCGAACAGAACGAUCGCGCUCUUAAGCCGAGCAAAAUUCCCGUUCUCAAAGCGAAACACGUGGAGAGCUCGGGUAACGACGCGAGCUCGAGCAGGAGUCCAUCAAGGGAGGAAUACGACGCAAGCAGAACGUUGAGCGCGUAUUCUGGCAUACCCACGUCGCCGGUUACGGGGAAGAAGUAUCGUAGUCCGUUAUCAGCGCUCGAUCGAUCGAGGAAGCUAACGAACGGAAACGCCUCGAGCAACAGUUCGUGUGAUAAUACCAGCGCUCCGACGAACGAGGCGACGACGAACGUCGCUCGGGCGAAUGCCGUCACUCCCGUUCAAACGAGCAGGAGCAUCAUCGACGCGUCGAACGUCACUUCACCCAUUACCGCUGUCGCUAAGGACGAAAGCAGCUCGAGCCAAGACAUAUCGAACCACAGAACGAAUGGCAAAUCUCAGGACGACACGAACUUUGACGCCGAAAGUUUCAAGGAGCACACGAGUCCUAUGUCGAACGAGACACCAAACUCGGAGAGGAAGCCGAAGUUCAAGUGGAUGUUCGGCCCUCACAAAAACGCGAAUGUGUACAUUUCUUCGCAGCUGCCCGUUCAAGUGAAGAAGAAUCCAGGUCUCGGUUUCAGCAUAGCUGGCGGGGUAGCGGGUGCAGAGACCGGAAUAAUCGUGACGAAAGUGAAUCCCGAUGGGCCAGCUCAGGGUACUCUUCGGCCGGGAGACAAGAUUCUGGAGGUGGACGGCAUCGACUUUACCAAAUCGGAUCACAAUAACGCUGUCGCCGUUCUGCGUGCCACCGGUACUGUUGUAUCUAUGAUGAUAAGUCGCCAGCAAUGAUUGUAAGUUAUUGGUCGCGACUUAUCAUUAUAGAUACAAUGUGGAACUUAUCAUCAUAGAUACGUGGUGGAACAAAGAGGAAGAAAACCUUUUCUAAUUCUUUUAGUAACUACAACUAGAACAAUAAUGUCUUUCUCGAAAGCUCUCUAAUUCUGAGACACAUCGACUAAUCUGCCAACAUUAUCAUCCACACAUUCGGACAUCCGUGUGUUUCGAUAAUAAUGUUGGUAGAUUAGUCGAUUUACAUCUAUAUCUAUAUGCGUUCCCCACGACGGGAGUGCCGACAAUGUGCCAGAAAACAAAGUACUAUUUAUUAUCCAUAUACAUAACAUAUUGAGAAAAAGAUAUAUAUACUAUGCAUAUAUAAAUAUAUACAUAUAUUAUAUAUAAACAAAUUUAUCUGUAGACAGGCCAGACGAGGUUCCCAUAGGUCCCCGGCGGUGUAAAUAAGUGUCUCGAUUGUUCCCGCGUAUCGAAGUGUACGUUACAGAUAUUUCCACGAGAUGUUUCAACGACAAAAACUUCGCUUUUGAAUUUACGAUUGAAUUUAGAGUCUUUUUUCCAACCUAGAAUGCUAAAAUAUAGACGGUUUUUUAAUUAUAAUUUAAAAAAACCAAUUUUGAAGAAUAAAUAAAAAAAAAUUUUUUUUUAAUUUGGACCUUAUUCAAUGAAUCGGGAAUUGUAACAGAAAUUUUUAGUUUUGAAAUUAGAAAAUAUUUAAAAAUACAUUUUAUAUAUAAGAAACAUUAAAAUUUUAAUUUUUAUUAUUAAAUACCUUAAUUCUUAAGAUACUAAAGUGUAAUAUUUGAAGGUGAGAGAGUGGUGAUUAAAUUUUUAUUAAGAUAAAGUUGGUUUAGAACUUUUUAAGGGAUUCAUAGGUGAUUUUUGUCGGAAAUAUUACACGAAACAUCCCAUAUGUAUUUUCAUCGUGAGAUAUAUAUAAUGUCAUCGCGCUCUUUGUUGUAAUCGAAUCAUUUGUAACGUGGUCCGAUCGUGUACAGCGAUCUUUAUCAGUUGUUGACUAUCUAUAGUUGUUGUUAUUGCAUACGGCAAAGCUAUAAAUUCUAUGAUUCGACGGAUACUAUAAAGAGGAUAGCUGUUGUGAGUCAAGUGGAACCUCGGAUUGUUCAGCCGAAUGUUCGACUACGAACGAAAAGUUCGUUGUCUUUGUGAGAUGGCAAUUCGAAAUAAUAUCUGUAGAUAAUCAAGCAUUCAGGGUUAUUGAUAAUAAUUGCGCCUCACCCUGUGGGAUUCUCGUCACUCUCUUGUCUGGUAGGAGAGAAAAGAAAAUAUUCUUCUAUGUGCCGUACUUAUAUUGAUAAUAAUGUUUAUAAUCGUAUCAGUGUCAAUCCAAGGACGUUCAACAAUUGCGGCGUUUAUUAUCUAUGGAUAUCUCUCGCAUUUACGCUCUUUUUAGAUUUAUCCCAUAUCGCGAGAGAUCGCUGUUCGAUCGUUAAUUAAUCCUUAAACACUGGCGCGUACUUUCGUGACGUUAACGAAGGAUAUGUCCAAUCCUUCGGUUAUUACAUUGAAGGUCCAUACAAAAGGAAAUCUCAUAUAUCGUUUAACUCUUUAAUUAAUAUUCGAUGUAUCCGUCAAUUAUAAAACGUGAUAAAAAUUUAAUCAAUAAAAUUUUAUUAAUA